CCGCCUCUCAUCGGAGGGGGCGACAGGUGAAUGAAAGGGGGGCGUGUCGGUGCGUGUUGCUCGGCGGCGGCGCGGCUGGAACCCGCUGGAAGAGUUACAGGCUACCGCAGAACAGCAGCACCUGGUGGAGAAAUGGAGAUGCAAUCCUAUUAUGCCAAGCUCUUGGGGGAGUUGAAUGAACAGCGAAAGAGGGACUUUUUCUGUGACUGUAGCAUCAUCGUGGAAGGGCGGAUAUUCAAGGCCCACAGGAACAUCUUGUUUGCCAACAGCGGCUACUUCAGAGCCCUGCUCAUUCACUAUAUCCAGGACAGCGGGCGGCACAGCACUGCCUCCUUGGACAUUGUCACCUCCGACGCCUUCUCCACCAUCUUAGAUUUUCUCUAUUCUGGGAAGUUGGAUUUGUGUGGGGAGAAUGUGAUUGAAGUUAUGUCGGCUGCCAGCUACCUGCAGAUGAACGAUGUGGUGAACUUCUGCAAGACCUACAUCAGGUCGUCCCUUGAUAUCUGCCGAAAGAUGGAGAAGGAGGCAGCGGUGGCUGCAGCGGUGGCGGCAGCGGCUGCAGCGGCGGCGGCUGCAGCUGCGGCAGCAGCUCACCAGGUUGACAGUGGAAGCCCCAGUUCAGGCAGAGAAGGGACCUCCUGUGAUACCAAGAGCUUGGUCUCCUCUCUAGUGGAGAGUGUGGACUGUCCAAGAGAGUCCCCUUGUGGUGACUGCAGAGGUUGCCACCCCCUAGAACUGGUGGCGAAAGACAGCCAGGGCAGUAGCUCAGCUGACAGUGACCUCUCUACUUUGCGCAAACAGAUAGAGCCCAAGGUGGAGUUUGAUGCUGAUGAAGUAGAGGUGGAGGUUGGUGAAAGGCUGCAGCAAUAUGCUGCCCCACUGGGCCUGGCCCACAUGGAGGAGGGUUUAUCCAGUGGCCAGGCCGUCGACUUGGCUUACAGUAACUACCAUGUGAAGCAAUUCCUGGAGGCACUUUUGCACAACAGUGCUGUCCAGAGCAAAGAUGAUGUGGACCAUGGCUUUUCUCGGAGUUUGGAGGGAAGACCAGAUGGUGCAGGAGGAGCCAUGAGUUCCAUGAUGGAUGUCCAGACUGAUUGGUAUGGAGAGGACUCAGGUGAUGUGCUGGUGGUCCCCAUUAAGCUCCACAAGUGUCCUUUCUGCCCUUACGCUGCCAAACAGAAGGGCAUCCUCAAGCGGCACAUCCGCUCACACACGGGUGAGCGGCCCUACCCCUGUGAGACCUGUGGCAAGAGGUUCACUCGACAGGAGCAUCUGCGGAGCCAUGCACUGAGCGUCCACAGAUCCAACCGUCCAAUCGUCUGCAAGGGCUGCAGAAGAACCUUCACGAGUCACCUGUCACAGGGGCUGCGGCGCUUUGGGCUGUGCGACAGCUGUACCUGCAUUACAGACACACAUGAUGACGAGGACGAUUUGAUACCCAUCAACCUUAGCCUGGUGGAGGCUUCGUCCGAAAGCCAAGAAAGGAGCGACACAGACAAUGACUGGCCCAUCUAUGUGGAGUCUGGUGAGGAAAACGAUGCUGCCGGAGAUGAAUCUGACGACAGACCACAAAUUCGGCCCUAUUUCUCAGAUCGAGAGACACUUACGUAGCAGUCAAUGGAUGGGGAAGAGGUUUUAAAAUUUGCUUUUACUCAUUCUGUGGUUGAAAGCCACCGUUUGUCCAGUUUUGUGGAACCCUGAGAAGAACAUUCUUUCACUGUUAGUAUCUUGCUUUUUUGUUAGACGACAUGGCAGAGGUUGGAUUUUGACUCAGAGGACUAAUGACUUGUUAGUGUGGUGCCCUUGUUUCUGAGAGCUUUCUGAGUGAAUCAAGCCGGCCCUGAGGCUUCCUGUUUUUUCCUGCUGUGCAUCCAAACUCUGGUUUGGAAAAAGAGAAGAAAAUCUUCAUACUUUUUCUCACAUUGUCUGAAUCCUCUGCAUUCCUUUGUCAUCAUCCUCUUUCUCUCAAAAGGUGGGCAGGAGUAUAUUACGUUUUGAGAUCCAUCUUGCCUCUGCCAAGCCUCUCCUGAUGAAUUCCGUAUUUUAAUUUUCUGGUGAAGUUUUAAAGAGAAAGCUUCAUUGAUAUAAAGCAAGCAGGGCUGUCUGGCUACAUGAUUGUAAAAGCUAAUUUCUAAAUCUGAGACUGUAAUUUUAAAGGCUGGAGGUAUUAUGUGCAGACAAGCAUGGAAAUGAGCUGAAAGACUCCUUAUGGCCCUCUGACUUGCCCUGUUGAGUUAAAUGUCAAGUUAGCCCUGGGAAGGGAGCCUGUGAUCCCAGGUCUGGGUGGUUUCCCUGUCUGGUUUGAUAUUUGACAAUUCUACACACAUGGAUAACCUGUUUUAUGAUGAUAAAACAAGUCAUCUGGGCUAAACUCAAAAUGGUCCCCUGCUUUUUCCAGCCAUUUCCAAGAGCCACUGCUGUGUAACCUGGAAAUGUAGCCACUGCUGAUGUUCUUUAACUGCAUUUAUAAAUAGAACUUUAAUUGGAGAGAGAGAGUAAGCGUAUAUAAACAAGUUAUAUUUCUAAAUUGUUUACCUUUUAAAAGAUCCUCUGGAGGGAAAGAGAAGGUUAGUAGAACAGGUUUUUAAAACCAGUCUGCUUUUUACCCGCUUUGUAGCUAUACAAUUAUUCUAACAAAAGAGGUUAUACUUCUUUAAGGGGCUAGAGCAGGAAAUAUUAGAGAUUAAGGCUAUUUAAGGCACUUUCUUAAUUCUGUCUUGUGUUAAAGUAUCCAAAGUGGCUUUUAAAAGAAAUCCCUCUUCCUUUUAGCAUAGUUUUAUUUCAAAAGGUGGUAAAAUCAGUUUUCUUUCUGCCUCUUGAACAAAAAAGAUAAUCAAAAACCUUAUAAAUUGGCUUGUGAACGUUGACCAUUGAAGAGUUCAGAAGGUGUAUAAACCAUACUUCUCAAGAGGAGUUAGAACUCCAGAACAGUGCUCCUCAAACUGUGGCCGGUGGACAGCUGCUGGUUACAAACUGAAAAUUAUUGAGGACCAGAAACACUUUUCUUACCUGAAGUGAAAAUAUUAGCUAUUGUUUUAAAAGAGGGAUCUUGGCGAAAGGGAAACCUAAAUGGAUGCGUAGAAGAUAUACUUUGCCAGGAAGUUAUGUUUGACAUUUUUGCUCUGUUUUCAUUCACUUCUGAUGUUUAAUGUGACUUUUCUACCUCACAGUUCAACUUCUCUGCCUGCUUUUCCAGCAGAGCAAUGACCCUCUUCCAUGACCUAUUCUGAUCACUGGGUGCAAAGUAGAAAUUUACAUUAGAGAUUUCUCUGGAAGACGGUGAUUCUCACCUGGGGUGAUUUUGUCCCCCAGGGAACACUUGGCAAUGUCUGGAGACAUUCUCAGUUGUUAUAACUCAGGGCAAAGUGCUGCCGGCACUAGUGGGUAGAAGAAAGGGAUGUUGCUAAACUUGCUGAAUGCAUAGGACGGCCACUUACAACAUAGUAUGAUGUAGUCCAAAAUCCCUGCUGUCACUUAAUUUUGUGUUAUAUUUUAGGCUACUUUUUACCUUCAUACUGUUUAAUAGGCCCUUAUAUUCCCACAAGUUUUGGAAAAUAGUGGGGAGCUGAGGCCAUACUGUUCACAACUUGCCCAAGAUCUGAUCAGGUUUGUGAUGUGGAAACUUCAAAUUCUGACUCUGAUUCAUACCCCUAGAACCAUUUACUAGGCUCUGAUCACUUUAUUAAAGAUUAAAGCAGCAGGAUCCAGGGAGGAAAAUGGAACAUGAAGCCUAAUAUUUAAAUGAUUGUCUUUUUUCCAUAAUGUCUCAGAUUGUUGCAUUCCUGGUUGGCUGUUUGGAGUUUGUGUGCUGGCUUGGUAAUAACUGGAUCACUGAAUUCUCUCAUUUUUAAAGGAGAUACUUCCUUUGUCUGGACUAUCAGAUCAUCAACUGUCCUCUGUUUUAAAUGUAUGUUCACAUUUGGUGGUCAGUAUUUAUAAUCACAGUGUUUUGAGGUUUAAUUCAUGGAGUUGGUGAUAUUUUUAUAAGUAGAUUCACAGUUGGGCCCAACACAGACCAUUAGUGAUUUAGUUUAUAUUCUGGCAUCUUUCUGGCACAUUCAGUCCAAGUUCACAAUGGGAUGCUUCUGUCUUAUAUUAGAUAUAUUGCAUGGAUGGGAACAGGAUUCUUACUUGUAAUGGAAUUAAAAAAUGGAAUCCUUGGGAAAAUGUUUCUUUUGAGGGUAGGGAACAGGCUUUCAUAGCAAGGGUUGGGAAGGAAUGUAAAUAAGGCCCGUAUCUGUAAUAAAUUAAGAAAUGACAUAGAGCAUCAUGACUUCUGGUCAUUUGGCAGAAAGAUGCCAUUCUGAUGUAAAUACUCUGGUGGUCGCUAGACUUUGAAUAUCCCUUAAGAAAGCUACUGACCUAGUGGUCUGAAAAAUGUUGUGAAAUUGAGUAUUCUGGAGGUUCAGACAUACUGUGAUGGGUUUCGUGUUCUUGUUGUUAAUUGAUGUCGUGAUAAAGCCCACGGAGAGAAAGGCUACACAGAGGGCUGCAUGUGCUCCUUCUGAGGGCAGCGGGGAAGGCUGCAGUGGCCUUCGGUCAAGUGAAUUCAGACUGUUUCAUUUGGACGUCUAGGUUUUUCUUGUGUGUCCCUUGUGCAUUGACAAUAAAAUUCUCUCUGUGAAGUCUA